AAGUGAUAUUUCAUUUGAUCACGUAGAAUAAAUUUCAAAAUGAUGCGAUCAGUUCAGAAUCCGGACUAUAUAAGAAGUGAUGAAUACGAAGGGGAGGACGUUGGACUGUUAUCUGGAGAACAGCAAAACACAUCGCGGAGGGUAAUAGGGUCAACAUGGUACGCCUCAGUGUUCCUUGUGGUCAACGCAGCCCUUGGUGCGGGUUUGCUCAAUUUCCCUGAUGCUUAUCACAAAGCUGGUGGUGUAAUGGUGGCAGUUAUUAUACAGGCAAUAUUUUUGGUGUUUGUGGUGGUUGCACUGAUGAUCCUAGCCUACUGUUCCGAUAUAAAUAUGACAGAUAAUUAUCAGGAUGUUGUACUGUCUGUUUGCGGUAAAAAUGCCCAGCGUUGUUGUGCAUUCACCAUCAUGACAUAUUGUUUUGGAACAUGUAUCACUUUCCUCAUCAUUAUUGGGGACCAAUGGGAGGAAGUGUUCCUAUUCACUGUAAAGGGCAUGUACUGUGACCAGCACCCCUGGUAUAUGGACAGGAAGUCAACUAUCUGUCUAUCUUCAUUGUUUCUUAUCCUUCCUCUGUGCUUUCCUCGAAGAAUAGACUUUUUGAAAUACCCUAGUGCCCUUGGUGUGGUUGGAAUAUUAUAUGUAGUUGGAUUGGUAACUUUCAAAUACGUAACUCCUCACCCAACUCCAGAUCACAUCACCACAGAACCAAAACAAUGGAUGGAUUUGUUCUUAGUUGUACCAACAAUUUGUUUUGCUUAUCAGUGCCACGUGAGUGUGAUACCAAUAUACUCUUGUAUGAAGAAGCGAGGUAUGAAGGAGUUCGGUAAGACAAUUGGCUGUGCUAUAGCUUUGUGUAUACUGACGUAUACCGUCGUAGCUGCCUUUGGGUACCUGACCUUUGGAGAUGCAAUCACCACAGACAUCUUACUGUCAUACGACCCAGACCCCUGGGUUCUUGUAGCUGUCAUCCUUAUCGCUGUGAAAACCUACACCACUUAUCCCAUACUGCUCUUUUGUGGCAGGGCAGCAUUAGACUGUUUGUGGGUGGAUGUCCAUCGCAUGACUACGGAACAAGUGGAGGCCACAGAGAGAUUUAGGAGAAUCAUUGUAACGAUGCUAUGGUUUUUAGCGACCCUGGCUAUGGCCAUAUUUAUACCCAAUAUCGGAGUAGUCAUUCAGAUUCUUGGUGCUUUUGCAGCAAUAUUCAUCUUUGUUUUCCCAGGUAUGUGUAUGGUGAAGGCUGUUCAAAUGAAAGCUAAUGGAGUCUGGGAUAAAAAAUUAAAAGCUAUGAUGAUGUUUGCAUGUACUUUCAUAGUCAUUGGAGCGUUUAUAUUUGGUUUAACUUUAACACAGUCAAUACUUACUGACUCUGGUGGUGUGAAAGCCGACAAGUCAAAAUAUACCUGCUGACAACAGUUUGUUUAAACCAUAAAUAUGUAAGGAUUUGAACGUUAUGUAAAUUUUAUGUAUUUAUUUAUGAAAGUUUUUUGUUAGGAAUACCAACCAACACUAAAGAAAAAAUAUUUGA